GCAUCCGGCCUUUCCUUGGAAGAACACGAUGCACCGAUUCCUUGCAGUUACCCUUGUUUUGGGCUUGACGUCCAUCGGGGUUGAUGCCAACGUUGAUCUAAUCAUCGACCGACUGAAGUCUCUGGUGAGACAGCUGGUGCCCAACGACGCCAUGGCACAGCAGCUCAUGGACCGCAUCGACAGCACGAGGGAAUGUCUGCUCAUGGCCAGAGACAUUAACCCAGCCAUUAUACAGCGGUUCACAGAUGGAAUCAUUCCAACGGCCACGGAGUGCGCCGCCAGGGCCAUAGGCUUCCCCGAUCGCACCAACAGAACCAACGUGUUGAGAACUUGCUUUCAAGAGAGAGCCGAUAGAUUCAAGGCAUCCAGCGGUAUGACACCCGAUGAGAUUACUAUGUUUGACAACGCAGGGCGCUGCCUUCAAGACAGAGUCCAAAUGUGACGCUGAAGUGCGUGGAAUGCUGGACAACUUCACUACGUGGAGUCUGUAGUUAGUACACACAUUCACAGCUCAACUU